CACUCAUUUUCCAAUGAAAGUUUAUGCAAAUUGGAUAUUUUGUUUGUCAUCGAUCGUUCAAUGAGCGUCGAACAUGAAUUUAAAAAACAAAUUGAGUUCGCGACUAGCUUAGUCGACAAACUAUUCGAUGAAGAUUUUGUAACCCACAUUCAAAUCGCUGCCAUAAGUUUCGCAAAUGUUCGUCUAAUUUUAGGCCAUUUUUGCAACUUUAACACAACUUAUACAGAUGCAAAAGUGGAGAUAAAAUUCGAUCCUAUCAAAACAAAAACAGAAAUUAUAGAAAAGUUACGAUCAAUCCAGCAUACUGGUGGUGAAACUUCAGCUGCUGUAGGAGUGAAUCUUGCAAUUCAGACCAUUCGAACAUCAAGAAGGCCCAACGUUCGUCUAUUAUUUGGAUUAAUCUCUGAUGGAAACAGCCAAGAUGACUGGACUAAAGUUUCUGAAACGGCUAACCUUUGCAGUGAAUUACAUAACCUCGCUGACGUGGAUACAUACGCCGUAACAUUUAGUAAAAAGUUCAGUUUUGCCGAACUUCAUGCUUAUGCGGGUGAUAAAUGGAAAGUUUUCAUUGAUGAGCAAGCCAACCAACUUCUCGAACACAUAUGUAAUGAUUAUUUUAUUGUUUUCUUGCGUUUUUCAAAAUUGGGUAGUGUAGAGGAUAAAAAAUUAAACAAUUGUCGGCGAAAUAAAUUGCCAGAAAUCGAAAAUAGAGAAAUUGAAAAAAAGAAAUCUUCAAUAUGCAAUGUAAAUCUGAGCUUGAAACUGGAUAAAGGAGAAGGAGAUUCCUUGUUAAAUAUUAAUUGUCUAAUAUUACAAAGCCAUCUGCCGCAAUAUUUGCUUUUUUGCGAUAUUAUAGACUUAAUCGACAUUGUGAUCGUUUUGGAUAAAUCCACUUCUAUGGUUGACGAUUUUUCUUCUGGAAAAAAACUUGUGGAACAACUUAUUAUGAGCGUUCGCGAAGAUGAUUACCUUUCUCGAAUUCGAUUUUCCCUGAUAACGUUUAAUGAUAUCGCCAGAUCCGAGCUUGACUUGGGCACGAUUGUUUCACGUGAUAAAAUUCUUAGCGUACUAAAUGGUAUUCAGCAUACUGGUGGUGAAACAUCUGCUGCAUCCGGCAUACUUUCUGCGAUAUCACAAAUUGCACGGGGGCAUCGAGAAAAUGCUCGACUCAUUGUAAUUCUUUUGUCUGAUGGGGGAUCCAAAGAUGAUUGGCCUGUUGUUAUUUCUAUGUCCAAUAAACUUCAUGCCACAAACGCAGAAGUUUUUGCUGUCACCAUGAGUAAAAGAUAUUAUAAAGAUGAACUUCUUAUCUAUGCUGGUGAUUUAAAGAGGCUUUUCACAGAUAUGAAUAGCCGAAGUGAUGUAUGUUUGCUUUUGUUUACUUAUUUACUUUAUUUAUUAUUUACUUUUGUUUACUUAAUUAACUUCUUUAAACAUAGGUUUAUAAGGAAAUAA